AUGAAAUUCCUCGUAUUCGGACUCGCUCUCCUCGUGGCCGGAGCCUCGGCUUUCCCCGAAGCUCAGGUUUCUGAGCUCCAAGGGCGCGACUUUGUUGACAACAUCAAAAGGAUCAUUGAUCUUUUCCGUCAGCUGAUCAUCGACAACAAUUAUGACCCAUUCAUUGUAGCCCGAAGUAAUCGCGAAGUAGUCUACCUACCACACGUUAACCUCCAAUACUUGGUGGAAGAACUGGAAAUCACUGGUGCCAGCAACAUCGUCAUCCACCAAUUGGACUACUCUAACAUCUUCAACCGAUUCCGUUACGACUUAGAACUCCCCGAGCUCGCAUUCAGCCUUGGAAAUGCCAAAAUCAAUGGUUUGCUGUUAUCCCGAAACCUCAACUCUGAACUCGCUGGCUCCCUGAAAAUCUCCGGCGUCCGUCUCUCCGGUGAAGCUUACGUGACCAUUGACAUUCUUGCGGGUGGUGCCAUCAACAUUGACUCUCUCGAAGCUCGUUUUGACCUUGCAGGACUUGAGGCUGAGAUUGAAGUCAUCGUUCAAGAAAACGACCAAAGUGAACGUGUAAACGUUUUCAUCAACGAAAGAAUCCCCGCCUGGAUCAAGGAUAACGAGAGUGACAUCAACCGUGUCCUCGGAACCGUCAUCAGGACCAUUGCUCAGUACCUCCUGAACCGUUAA